AUGAAGGAGGACAGCGUCAUGCGCCUCAUACACUCAUUCGUAAUCAGUCAUGUUACUUAUGUGGCUGUCUUCCACAACUGGACUGUCACUGAAAGGGAGAAACUGAAUACCCUUAUACGCAAGACAUACAAGAUCGCCCUCGGCCUGCCGGAGUCCACGAGUACCACUCGUCUGCUACAGCUGGGGGUGUACAACACGCUUGAGGAAAUAGCGGAUGCGCAAAGAGUCUCGCAACUCGAACGCAUGUCCCUGACAGCCAUGGGUCGUUACAUCCUGCAGAAGCUCGGCCUGAAUUACCACGUCCAACACGUGCAACAGGGGGCAGCACUGCAGCGGCCACAAGCGGUCGCCCAUGCCACACGAAGUGUGCAGAGGCGAACGCCACCCGCCCCCAUGGCGGAAGCAGCCAAGGCUGCUCCGCCUACGAACGACACGGCCACACCAGCGGCCGCUGCAAGCCUUGGUUGCAGCCAGGGCCGGCCGGCAGCAGUAGAGGUCCCCUCGACCUCCGGCCUGGUGGGGCCAAAGGCUUCGUCUGUUGAGGCGAAGCCAGCACAACGAAAACACAACCCACUGGAGCGUGUGCCCGUUGCCUUAUGUGGCGUGGUGCUAUUGCACGAUGCACUAUCGCAAGACACACGAGCUGCCAUCACAAUCCUUGCCCACUACCGCAAGUAUGCUGCUCGGAAGUACAUCAAUGACCUGAAAAUGGCCUUCAGGAACGUGCACCAGACCAAGGACUAUGGCAAGAACGUUGCUUGGCCUCCACCACCGUGCUGUGUUCGGGAAGCUGUCCCCGGACUCAAGUCUAUCUUCUCACGCUGGCGCGGCAGCAUGAUCCUCCGCAAGGUUCCGCGGGAGCAGUGGCCGCAACUGCACCUCAAGGUCACAACCGCAGACGUGCUUGCCGGCAGACGGCGCGACUGGGGACAGUCACGCAAAUGGCACGGCAACUACCUCUCCCUGACGGCUGAAAAUGAUGCCUGCCUGCCGUACAUCACGUCUGUCACAGGCCUGAAGAGCAAGGACAACUUCCGCAAGGUCGUCUUCUCCAGCUUUGUGAAGAAGGUGAACAGGCACAACCAGUCAUCUGACCGUGCACUUGUUGUGACCGACACCUGCAUCAUCAAGAUGGACAACAAGAAGUUCAAGGCCCUCCGAUCACCGGUUCCUAUCAGUGAUCUCACAGGCAUCAGCAUCACUCCUGGCCCGGACCAGUUGGCCAUUUUGCACCUGAGGGGCAACAAUGAUCUGGUUGUUUGUCUGGUCACCUCAAACACAGCGGACAGCAACAGAGUUGGAGAGCUUGUCGGUGCUGUCGUGCGUCAGUGGCAGAGGUCUCAGAAACGGGAUCUACGAGUCAUGGUGGGCACGCAGCUGCAAUGCAUGCUGGGUAACAAGGCCCGCACCGUGUCUGUGGAGAGCACGUCCAGCGUCUCGCAGCCAACCUUCAAGAAGGCACCCAACAAUGCACUGGUGCUUCUAUGGCCCAAGGACAGGGCAUCUGCUUAGUGAGCGAGGCCUGCGCAAUGCAUCUACUGCCUGGAGACAAGACCUAUUGCUGCUUCAGCCACAGACAUGCCUGCCAUCCAGUAGACAAAGUGCACUGGGCAAUUCUACUAACAGGAUUCUUGCACGCCUUGAAUACCAUCACCAGCGUAUUACAGCACUCAAGCUCCUGUGCGCCUGGCAAAGCAGACAAUUGAAUUGUCCUUUCUUGGUAAUCGCAGCAUCCUAUGAGUUCCACACUUUGGUUAUAAUUAAUGUUGCCUCAGGCAAUUAGACGGUGAGAAUUUCGAAAGCCCUCUUAAAGUGUGACCAGAACAUUCGUUGCAUAGACGGUGUUAAGCAAAGUCAUCCAUAGCAAUAUAAGGUGCAAGCUUUUGCUAGACGUUUACAAAAUUCACAAAGUUCGUCACAGACUUGCCGAUCGUUUGUGCAGGCUCAUUUGGUAUAAAGCAUAAUUGCUAGCUUUAAACAAAAGAAAAAAAAACAAAAGCUAAUAUCUGUGACGAGCACCUAAUCUUUAAAUAACAUCCCCACAUCCUUCGUUUAUGUGACCUGUGCAGAUUCUAAGAAGGCAAAAACAGAAUGACAGGAGAAUGAGGACUGUACUGACUUUAAAAUGCAAGGACUAAACCUUUGCCUUUGGUUCAUAUUAUACGUUGUUGCUCUUUGCUACCUUUGUUUUGUCGCAAUUCCACUUGUAAGCAGUGUUUAGCAUACAGACAGGAACACUCGGUGAGAGAGUCGUUAUGUGACUACACAGCUCUUUUAAGACUAUGUUAAUUAAGCUCUGGUCCAGCUUUGAGUGCUUUUCUUUCACAUUUUUUCCCCCAAGACGAACAAGUGCAGUGCACGUUUACAGACCAGCAUGUCCUGUACAUGCUAUAAUGGAGAAUGAUCUCUUUUUUUUUUUUAGCUUUUGCUAGUUAUGGAACCAUGAUAAUGAGGAGCUGCACUUGCUGUUGUUGCCACUCCGAGAUUUUCACCACUGCUUUCUUUUCUUGUUCUUGAAUCGGAAUAGGCUCACAUAAUGCAUAUUUACCAAAUGACUGCUUUGUGAUUGUCUACUACUGCUGGGCAUCGUGAACUUUGGCUAUACUUGGUGUCAGAACACUCUGCCAGCAGUCUUUGUAAGUACCAGCUGAAGUUUCUGGUGCAAUCGGUGAAGAAAUGUAUCGUCUCUUCUCUCGGAUACUUAGACUAACCGUACAGUAUUUUCCAGCUGUCGUCAAGAUGCAAGCCACGCCCCGCAUGUUCUAGAGCCCAUCGAAAGUAAAUUUUAUACAGUAGAGCAAAUACAUUUUUAAAAUCUAAGACAAGCACAUUUAAACAAACCGUUUUGUGGCUAUGACUUUAUGGUUCUGUUUGCAGGCUUUUAUGUCUUCUUUCGAAACACAGAAGUUAUCGUUCGUGUUGUGAAUCAUGACGUUUUCCUCUUGUGCGCAGCAGCAAAUGGACUGUAAAUAAGUGUAUCAGCUAAUGGUUACUGAAUGUCUGGUAACAGACUGUCAAUAUGUUUGUGCCUUCCCUACUGCCAUCUGUAUCAGCGCAUCUAACCUUGCUUGUUUCACGCUGCUAUACUAUAUAAAAGCGGGUCAUGUAACCUGACCACAAACAGAGCAGCGAUAUAGUUGAAUGCCAUUUAAAGCAGGCACUCUUUGUUGACAAAAGAUUGUGCGUUUAAACCAGACCUGUUGUAUCUUCGAAAGCUGUCACCAAACAGGAGACACCACUGUCCAGCGUAAAUUUGUAUUUUGACUAUAAUUUCUGGACUUCAGAUUACCACGACACUCGAGCGCUUGCUCCGUACUCAUACUGUGCUCAUUUUAGACAAUAAGUGCUAAAAAUGCAGUGUGUUCUUGUUCAAUGCAAAGACUGAAGCAUUGUAACAUUGAGGGGCACAGUCCUGUCAUAGAGAGGCGUACGGUGUAUUUCACGAUUACACGCUUUGAGCUACUAUAUGGCUGCGGCUGAGUAUUUCACACUCUUACUUUUGGUGCUGCGUACAUAUCUUGUCAUUCCGAAGAUACUGUUGUCACUGCACUACUCUGUAAAUAUGGUAUCUGUCGUUGUUUAGUGUGCUGCAUUGUGCGUGUUACUGUUUUUCUUUGCUUGGUUGUUUUUGUAUACGAGACAGUGCCAGUGAGUACCUUUAUAAAGCACACUGGUGCAACGUGCCUUAGUCAACGACACGAGCUUGUGGCUUUUUGCUGUAAGCUUGCCAGCAGUGUUACUAAACGGGCGGUUACGCAAACGUGAAGAGAAAUUUCUGUCACUCUUGAACGACAAACUUAUUUUUUCUAUUGUGUUUUUGUUGUAGUUUGCACUGUGUGUCAUAUCUGGUGCUAAACAAAGUAUUUCGACGCGUAGCUGUACAAAAGGUAUUGACUGCGGUGAAAACAUUGACAAGUCAUAGUUGUAGGUAUAGUUUAGACAAUGUUGAGGAACGCUUCAAGCAUUGUUUGUUGUUGAGUGAGUGUGCAUCGAAGAAAGCUUGUUAGCAGGCAUAGAACAAACUAAGCUGAAAACGAAACGAAUGAGAGCUUUUAUAGUCAGCCCCUUUUUUUAAUGGGAAAAGGAAUGUAAAUACAGAUGCUUUUUAGUGAUGUUUAAGCUUUCCCAGUCACUGCGCAGCACAUGCACGACUGCAGUCACAUGCACAACGCUAUCCAUGGAAAAAGUUCGUAAACAAAUUCAACGUCCAUGAAAAGCUGAAUGUUAUCGUAGUAGCCACACCUGGAGAACAAAUAUCUUCAUUAUAGAAUCUGGUAUUAGUUAUAAGCACGUAUGAGACUUUUGAUAUUUUACUUCAUUGUAUAUCUGAUUUCUUAUGCCCAUGUUCAUUACAUAAAAAGGUACUACAGGUACUGUAUAACACUUUCUAAUCCUGGAAUUGAUUAGAGCAGUCUAUUCUCGUGUGUUUGAGUGCCACUUCUUGCUUAAAGUCUCGGCACGUAAUUGUCAUGCGUAUGCUUUGCUUGAAAGAGUUGGAUUUUUGCUUUUAUAAAGGUAUCUUCGGAUGUCCGGUGUAAUGCUUUCAACUUAGGUCUCAAGCUGCGUGCAUUCAGUGCUAUAUGUGCGAUACUGAUGCAAGGGCAAGUUGAGAAUGGCUGUAUGCCUUAAUGCGUGAUUGAUGGAUAGCUUUGUGUGAAGAACAGUCUGUCUGCUUCGAAUGCACUGUGCCUUUUUUGAACUGCGCCAUUGUGGUGUUUUCUAUCUCUGUGAUGACGUCGCGCUGCCCGCUAAUGUUUCGCGAAAAUUUGGACGUUGUUGGUUUUUUGCAUUGUUUAUCAGCCGCCAAUAUUUAUCGGUCAUGUUGUAAAUAAAGAAGGAUUUGCACGAUUA